AUGGCUCCCUCGGAACAGGCCCCGACCCCAGUGAUCUGCUUGAAGAGGAGACGGAGAAAGAGAGGAGAGAGACCAGACUCUCACUUUGACAGCGGAAAGAGUCCUUCAGGGGAACCAGACCCAGAGACGGGUCCUUCAGGGGAACCAGACCCAAAGAAGAGUCCUUCAGGGGAACCAGACCCAGAGACAUCCAAACCUGCAGGACGACACCACUCUUUCCACUGCUCUCAGUGUGGAAAGAGGUUUACCCGUUUAGAGAACCUGAAACAGCAUGAUAGAAUACACAGAGGGGAGAAGCCUUACCAUUGUUCCCAUUGUGGAAAGCGCUUUAGGUCGUUAGGCACCCUGACAACGCAUGAGAGAAUACACACAGGAGAGAUGCCUUACCACUGUUCCCACUGUGGAGAGAGUUUUAGGUGGUCAGGGAGCCUGAAAACACAUGAAAGGACACACACACAAGAAAAGCCCUACCAAUGCUCCCUGUGUGGAAAGAGAUUUACAGAGUUAGGGUCCCUGAAAAUACACAAUAGAAUACACACAGGAGAGAAGCCUUAUUACUGCUCCCAAUGUGGAGUAAAUUUUACCUGGUUGGCGAGCCUGAAAACACAUGAGAGAAUACAUACAGGAGAAAGGUCUUACCACUGUUCCCACUGUGGAAAGAGCUUUAGUGGAUUAGUGAACCUGAAACAGCAUGAGAGAGUGCACACAGGAGAGAAGCCAUACCAAUGCACCCUGUGUGGAAAGCAUUUUACCCAUUUGGGGAACCUAAAAGAGCAUGAGAGGACACACACAGAAAAAAGCCCUACCAAUGCUCUCUGUGCGGAAAGAGUUUUACCAAGUUAGUUGGCCUGAAUAAGCAUGACCGGACACACACACAAGGAGAUAAGACCUACCACUGCUCCCAGUGUGGAAAGACAUUUACCCGGUUAAGGUACCUGAAUGAACAUGAAACAAUACACACAAAUACACUCG